CAGGGGCGGGCUGGGUCGGGCCAAGCGGCAAGAGCCGGGCCUCAGCCAUCAGAGGCCGGCGAAGGCUGUCUUCCUGCGCCGGCGACCGGUUGAGGGUCGCCAAGGAGGAUCAGUUGGUUCGCUGUGGCCAUGUCUGUAUCCGCUAGAACCAAUAGCGCCGCCAACCUGCACCCUCAGGCCGGGCACGGUUGGACACUCAUAACCCCCCGGGGGUCUGGCAGAAGGCAGUGACUGUGUUCCCCCAAGAAACAGGAAAGCCUGAAGGAUGGCUGCUGACAUGCAGAGGAAGAGAAGCAACGAAUGCCCUGAUGGCACAUUGGCUCCUUCUGAUGGACAGAGUGUGGAGAGAGCAGAGAGCCCCACACCAGGAUUGGCCCAGGGAAUGGAGCCAGGUGCUGGGCAGGAGGGUGCCAUGUUCGUCCAUGCACGUUCCUAUGAAGACCUGACUGAGUCAGAAAAUGGGGAGCCUUCUGGGGACAGCCCCAAAGAGGGUGCUGGGUGUCCCCCACCAUUGCCUACAGACAUGCGUCAGAUCAGUCAGGAUUUCAGCGAGCUCAGCACCCAGCUGACAGGUGUAGCCCGUGACCUGCAGGAGGAGAUGCUGCCAGGAAGCUCUGAGGACUGGCUGGAACCCUCUGGGGCAGCUGGGAGACCAGCCACAGAGCCCUCCCGAGAGGGCACAGCCGAAGGGGACGAGGAGGAUGCUACAGAGGCAUGGCGACUACACCAGAAGCAUGUCUUUGUACUGAGUGAGGCAGGGAAGCCUGUGUAUUCUCGAUAUGGGUCUGAGGAAGCACUUUCCAGCACUAUGGGUGUCAUGGUGGCCUUGGUAUCCUUCCUGGAGGCAGACAAGAAUGCCAUCCGCUCCAUCCAUGCAGAUGGCUACAAGGUAGUAUUCGUGCGCCGGAGCCCUCUGGUGCUGGUGGCGGUGGCCCGCACGCGGCAGUCGGCCCAGGAGCUGGCGCAGGAGCUGCUCUACAUCUACUACCAGAUCCUGAGCCUUCUUACUGGUGCGCAGCUGAGCCACAUCUUCCAGCAAAAGCAGAACUACGACCUUCGGCGCCUGCUCUCGGGUUCUGAGCGAAUCACCGAUAACUUGCUGCAUCUCAUGGCCCGAGAUCCCAGUUUCCUGAUGGGGGCCGCGCGGUGCCUACCCUUGGCAGCGGCUGUGCGGGACACUGUGAGUGCCAGCCUGCAGCAGGCACGUGCUCGCAGCCUGGUUUUUUCCAUCCUGCUGGCCCGCAACCAGCUGGUGGCGCUCGUGCGCCGCAAGGACCAAUUCCUUCAUCCCAUCGACCUGCACCUGCUUUUCAACCUCAUUAGUUCCUCCUCAUCCUUCCGCGAAGGCGAGGCAUGGACUCCCGUGUGCCUGCCAAAGUUCAACGCCGCGGGCUUCUUCCACGCACACAUCUCUUACCUAGAGCCUGACACUGACCUCUGCCUGCUACUGGUCUCCACCGACCGGGAGGACUUCUUUGCAGUCUCUGACUGCCGCCGCCGCUUCCAGGAGCGCCUUCGAAAACGUGGGGCCCAUUUGGCGCUGCGGGAGGCGCUGCGCACCCCUUACUACAGCGUUGCCCAAGUGGGCAUCCCUGAACUGCGCCACUUCCUCUAUAAAUCAAAGAGCUCAGGACUCUUCACCAGUCCUGAGAUUGAAGCCCCAUACACCAGUGAAGAGGAGCAGGAGCGGCUGCUGGGCCUCUACCAGUACCUGCACAGCCGUGCCCACAAUGCCUCUCGCCCACUCAAGACCAUCUACUACACAGGCCCCAACGAGAACCUUCUAGCCUGGGUGACAGGUGCCUUUGAGCUCUACAUGUGCUACAGUCCACUGGGGACCAAGGCAUCAGCUGUCAGUGCCAUCCAUAAGCUGAUGCGCUGGAUCCGUAAAGAGGAAGACCGCCUCUUCAUCCUCACACCCCUCACCUAUUGAUGGAAGUGUAUAUGGACUCACCCCUCCAGGCAUACUGGGCAUGGGAAGCCUUGGGAGCCUCCAGGUGGGGUUGGCUUCUCCUGCCCAGCCAGCAGGCAAAGACUGUGGGCUGGUGUGUGCAUUAAAGUGCUUUGGGAAAGAC